AAAUGGAGGAAGUAAGCAAAUUAUUGGGCGAUUUUAUGGAGAAUAUGAGAAGAGAAAAGGCAGAAGAACAAGAGAGGUUGCGAAAAGAGAAAGAAGAGGAACAAGACCAUCUACAGAAAAUACUUAUGGAAAAUCAAGAGAAAAUGUUAGAAGGUUUAGAAGCCCGUCAAAAGAAAGAGAAACAGGAAGAACAGGACCGGCUUGAAAAAAAUUUCCAAGAUUUGAAAAUUCAACGACAACAAGACAAAGAAGAAGAACAGGACCGGCUUGAGAAAAUUUUAGGAAAAGCUUGGGGGAACAGCAACAAGCAAUGUUGGAAGUACGUUGCCAGGAACAGCAGAACCACUUCCAAGAAGCCGUAG